CUUUUCCCUGCAAGACUUUUCUCCCACCUCCACCUUCCACGCAUUUCGCCCUACCGACCUCCUCCCCCGAAAUAACCACCCUAUCUCUAUUAUGAAGUAAUUGCGGUUCAUAGCUCGGCAGCCCCAAUCCCAGCAAAAAAUGUCCGCCCACUAUGCCAGCGAACCAGCGGCCACCGCAUCCGCAACAUUAAACACGACCUUCGGCCCCCUACACAUUGCCCUCUUCGCAACCCAAGCCCCACUCACCUGCCGAAACUUCCUCCAACACUGCAUGGACAAUUACUACACAGGCACCAUCUUCCACCGUAUUGUCCCCGACUUCAUCAUCCAGGGUGGAGACCCCACGGGCACAGGCUCCGGCGGGACCUCGAUAUACGAGUACCCGGAAUUCGAGUACGACCCGGAGGCGCGCGAUCCGAACGAGAAAGUUGUGCUGAGCGAUGAGCUGCAUAGUCGGUUACGGUUCAACCGGCGCGGGCUGGUUGGGAUGGCGAAGAGCGAGGACGGGUCGUACGGGAGUCAGUUUUUCAUUACGCUGGGGAACACGGAGCGGGAGUUGAAUGGGCAGUGCACGCUCUUUGGGCGCAUCGAGGGCGAUAGUAUCUUUAAUGUGUUGAAGAUUGCGGAUGCGGAAAAGGUCGAGGGUACUGAGCGGCCCCUGUAUCCGGUUCAGAUUACGGGCUGUGAAGUUGGAGAGUUGGGGCCGUUGGCGGGCAAGGUUAGGAAGAGGCAGGUUACGGCUACAACUACAGGGUCCGGGAGGGGGUUGUUGAAGACAGAGGAGAAGGGGAAACCUGCGGCGAAGAAAAAGAAGAAGACGAAGCCCAAGGGUGGGAAGGCACUGUUGAGUUUCGGAGGGGAUGAUGAUGAGGACGAGGAGGAAGGGGAGGAGGGCAUGCCGAUUCGAUCUGGAAAACCGAAGUUCAAUCCUACCCUUGUGACGGAUGUCGGUCUGCCCGAGAAGGAAGAAAAGGCAAAGAAGAAUGCGUCUGCACAAAUACGGAAACGCCCGCGCUCUCCUUCGCCCACACGAUCUCCGUCUCCCAACCCCAGGGACCGACCGAAGACCCCAGAACCAUUCAAUCAACUCCCAUUACCCGACCCCGAAUCCCCAGAACGCUCGCCCUCGCCCUCGCCCUCGCCCAAACCCGCCAAAAAGUCUCUGUUGUCUCGCACAAACGACCAAAUCGAAACUCUCAAGGCCUCGAUGCGCCGCACCGUGCAUGCUCCCGCCGCCUCCUCCAAACCCAAGUCCGCACUCGAAGCCAUGAUCCCAGACACCGCUAUCCGAGGGCGCAAACGACCACCGCCAGGAAGCACCACCAACAGCAGCGGUGGCGCUACAAACGGCGCCAACGGCACCGCCAGCAAAGCCGAAAUCGAGGCCCUCAAGCUGUUUAACGCCUUCAAGACCAAACUGGAAAACGCCGAUUCCCGUCCGCCACCUCGCCACAAAAACCUCUCACCUGGUCGCACAACCGGUGCAGAAGCGGCAGCCACCGACGCAGCUGAAGCCGAAGACGAAGAAGCCCACCUAUGCGACCUGCAUUUCAUCGCCAACUGCCAAUCCUGCCAGGCAUGGGACACGACCAACGAGGGCAACGCCCCAGACCGCGGAGCCGGCGCGGGAGAACCCACCGACGACAACACAACGGACUGGCUGACGCACCAGCUCCGCUUCGGCAAGGACACGCUAGGCAAAGACUUGAACUGGAAAAAGAAGCACCAAGACGUGGAUACCUUGAUGGUGAUUGACCCGCGCGAACGGGAGAAGGAGAUUGCGAGUGGCGGUGGCAGCGGCAGUGGAAGAAGGGGCCUAGAGAGAGAUCGUGAGCGGGAGAGGAAGCGCGGACGGGUAGGGGAUUUGGAGUGGUCAAAGAGGUGAUUUACCUGAUGAUACCCAUACACAUGUACGGAGUAUGUAACCUACCUACACCCGUACCCUGGCCAGGGCUUUGCUUGCCAUGGCUUGCCAUGUCGUGCGGUACUUGAUAUAUAGUUCUAUCCAGCCCCGUGCAUAGCAUGGCCAAGGAAGAAAUAUAAUCCACUACCUAUUAUUACACACUAUAGGUACAAUAUAAC